AUGAUAGGAUGUGAUCGAAGUCCUCUAAGUGGCCAGGAAUAUUGUGCCCAUCAUAUACAUACAAGUCAUUCACAACAAACAAAUCUGGUCGAAGAAGAUGAUGACGAUUAUAUAUUACUUCGUAAUGGUAAACGAAGUAUGCCUUAUCAUAAAUUGUCAUGCAAUACAAAGAAAUCAAAACCAGAAGCUUAUAUUUCUACUUGUCAUCGAACAUUUGGGAUUAUCAUUUAUGUAUUUAACUGCAACGUUCUACUUGCUGUUCAUGAAAUAAUGCGAUCUGAAACUGUUAAAGAAAUUUUGGCUGGUCUUUGUGAUAUUAUCCGUAUUUCAAGUACAAAUACGGAUACAGCUCAAUCUGGUGAAAUGGCAGACUCAUGGUUACCCAAAACAAUAGUGUAUGACGAUUGUUGUCAUGUUGUCAAACAUAUCAUUGAUUAUUAUCCAAAUUUUUUUCGUCAAACACCAGCCUCAAGAUUUCUCUACCAUUCAUCAUUUGCGAUUGAUGCGUAUCAUUAUCGUAAUCACACCGAUACGUGGUGUCGGCAAUAUCUCAAUCCAAAUGAGAAUAAAAUCGUUAAACAGUUUAACACACAAUCAGCCGAACAAUCGAAUUCUUGGUUCAAACGUUUUACUAAACAAUUUAGUAGACUUGAUGAUGAACAUUGCGCUCUAUUCCUGUCCUUAAUGUUUCAUAUUCGAAACUGCAAACAAACAAAUCUCAAUCCAUUUUUACCAAAUAUGCGAAAUAUAUUUUCUUGUUUCGGUGACAUUAUCUGUUUAUUUUCACGUUGUUGA